GUGUGUUUUCUCUCAUUUUUCGUCCUUCCUCUAAUUUCCGAAUGUACUAACACAGUGGCAUUAUGGAAUUUGGAUGGCUAGAACUGGAACAAUACCUACUGUGGCAGUCACUGUGUGACAGUAUAAGUGGAAAUUAUUUGAGAUAUCGCGGUGAUUCCCAGUGUGUUUCCCCUGUUCAGUAUGACCCGCCAUGAUGGGACGUAUUUGGGGACAUGAGUUAAAAAAAUUACCGGCGUAAUUCUUGGGAUAUUUCCAACGUCAUGGAUAUUACCCUAACUGCGGGUAUUUCCAACGAAAAAACCCGUCGUAAGGUUUUUGAUUGACGUACAGUAACAGAUAUAUUAUACAACGCAGAACUGGAAGAACUGUCCACGGAGCAAACACCUUCCGUCCCCGUCUGCUGCUUCGGUUCAUUGUCUGGUGGAAUCUCAGAAGUGUUCAGUUAAACCAGGACUGCAUGAUACCCCAGAGAUUGAUAUUGUAUUAACUGGGAAACACUGGGGCAGUGCAAUCCGAAAGAGAGACGCAGGCAUCAUUAUUUAGAAGAUUUGGUUCUGUACAACUAUGUAUAACAGAACGAUUUCAAAACGACUGUAGCGAUUUUGGGUGAGUGCAGAAAAAUCCAGACCAGACCAGGAAUCGAACCCGGGACCCCUCGCUUUCAGGGCGAGUGUUCUUACCUACUGAGCUACCCGGCCGGUUCUACCUGCCCCUGGCACUACACUCCUCCCCCCCAAAUGCCGAAAGACGCGAGCCCUAUCUGGCAACACCGCUGCCACCAUUGUAGCGAUUUGGGGUGAGUGCAGAAAAAUCACCGACCAGACCAGGAAUCGAACCCAGGACCCCUCGCUUACAGGGCGAGUGCUCUUACCUACUGAGCUACCCGGCCGGUUCUACCUGCCCCUGGCACUACACGACUGACAUAUUGCAGUUGUGAUGACUAUAUUUGAUGUGAACUGGUUUUUGAAAUACAUAUUUGAAAACAAAUUGCAUCAUUUUAAUUUUACAUUCUUAUAAGUACUUGGACCCAGUAGAUACUUAUCAGUUAUCUUGGAAGUAGAAACGUGCACCUGUGCCAGACUAAACCAAGCAAAUGGAGAUUUCUCCUGCUUUCUGCUAUUCACUGAUAGCAGUGAUUGUCCUCUGUAUUCCUGCCAGCAAUGCAGCACACAUUGACUGCACAUGGGACACUUACAGAGACGGAGGAACCGGUAGAUGUGAGCCUUGCAGUGAUCUAUGUCUUCCAGCUAGAGGAAUGAUGGAGGAAUGCAGGAGACGCUGUGAAGACUUCUUACAGGGGAAGGCAUCGACUGCUCAACCUGUCGUUGACAAUGAAGUCGAGGACAAGGAUGAACCUGAAAGAAAUCUGCCGGACUGGGCGAUUGUAUUGCUGAUGGUACUGGUUGUGGUAGUGAUCUCUGCCAUACUUUUUGCCAUUUACCAAUGCAAGAGGAGAAAUACUCAACGUGCAGAUCGAGAUACAUCUGUGAUGCAACCAAUGCACCCAAGUGGAGUACAAGUUGUGGGAAACGACGUAACAUGCUGUGUGGUGACCAGCAAGACCACUGUCUAAGAGAACAGCUGUAAAACAAAAGUUGUUUAGAGAACAAACUCUUCAAUUUUUAAAUAAUGCUAACUUCAGGGGCGGAUCCAGAGAUGUGUCCUGACCAUCUUCCAAAUUA